AUGGAGAAGUGGAACCAAACUUCAAAUGAUUUUAUUUUGUUGGGAUUGUUGUCACAAAACCCAACAAGCCUCGUUCUCCUGUCCGCCAUCAUCUGUGUGUCCGUUCUUGCCUUGGUUGGUAAUUCAGUGAUGAUUCGCCUUAUACAUUUGGAUCCCCGUCUUCACACACCCAUGUACCUACUCCUCAGCCAGCUUUCCCUCAUGGACUUAAUGGACAUCUGUACUACUGUCCCCAACAUGGUCUUCAACUUCUUCUCUGGCCAGAAAAGCAUCUCCUUUCUGGGGUGUGGGGUACAAAGUUUCUUCUUCCUCACCAUGGCUGGGUCUGAAGGGUUACUGCUGGCCUCCAUGGCUUAUGACAGAUUCGUGGCCAUCUGCCACCCCCUCCAUUACCCCAUGCGCAUGAGCAAAAGGAUGUGUGCGAAGAUGGUCAUGGGAUCUUGGACGCUGGGCUCCCUCAACUCCCUGGCACACACAGUCUACGCCCUUCAUCUGCCCUACUGCAGGUCCAGGGCCAUCAAUCACUUCUUCUGCGAUGUCCCCGCCAUGCUGCCCCUGGCCUGCCUGGACACCUGGGUCUACGAGUACAUGGUGUUUGUGAGCACCAGCCUGUUCCUCCUCCUCCCUUUCCUUGGCAUCAUGGCUUCCUAUGGGCGGGUGCUCUUUGCUGUCUUCCACAUGCGCUCCAAAGAGGGAAGGAAAAAGGCCUUCACCACGUGCUCCACACACUUAACAGUAGUGACCUUUUACUAUGCUCCUUUUGUCUACACUUACCUCCGGCCCCGGACUCUGCGCUCCCCAGCAGAAGACAAGACCCUGGCAGUCUUCUACACCAUCCUAACCCCUAUGCUGAAUCCCAUUAUCUACAGCCUGAGGAACAAGGAGGUGCUGGGGGCCAUGGAAAGAGUGUUUGGGAUAUUCUCUUCCAGGAAGAAGUGA